GUGGGCGGGUCGAGCUGAGCGCCGCAGCUGUCUCUGCUCCCACCCGCAGGUCUGAGGGUCCAAGUGUCUCCGAGGAGCACUUGCAGCGACAAUCGGACGAAGGCGGAGACAGCAAGGAUAGGCCCAGGAGCAAUGGCAUCCAAAGAGAAACAAGAGCUGAACAACCUGACCAUGGAAAAUGCCAAUCCGGAAAAGGAAAAGAAGGAUGUAAAGGAGCAAGAUGCUAAUAAAGGAGAGUCUCAGUCCCCCUCUUUGGAAACUGCUGAAUAUUGUGUGCCCAGAGGAAAUCGUAGGCGGUUCCGUGUUAGGCAGCCCAUCCUGCAGUAUAGAUGGGACAUGAUUCAGAGGCUUGGAGAGCCACAGGCUAAGAUGAGAGAAGAGAAUGUGGGAAAUAUUGGGGCGGAGAUGAGGGAGCUGAGGGAAAAGCUGAAGGAAAAGCAGUCCAGUCAUACACUGCGGGCAGUUAGUACUGACCCCCCUCACCAUGACCAUCAUGAUGAAUUUUGCCUUAUGCCUUGAAUACUCUUUUCCCUGAAGUUAAUAGGGGGACACGCCUGCUUCCUAAACUUACAUGUUCGUGAUGUACUUUUGUUGUAAACAUUUUGCUGUUGUUUAUUGUGGGUCUCCUAUUACCAGCUUCUAAUUGAAUGUUGUGUUUUUGACCCAGUCUGUAAGUUUCUGUUAGCAGGGGAGUUUUACCUAUUGCAUGGAAAGAUGCCCAUAUAUUGUGAAGUUAAUAAACUGUUUUAAAAAGCA